AUGAGCGCACCACUACCCUCCUUCCCGACGACAGAGCAGUCACCCCUGUUUCGCACAGCCUUCGGCGAGGGCACCGACGCGCAGUGGGCCUCGCUGCUGACGGCGCUCAACGUCCCCUCGGAGGAAGGCUUCCUGCCGUACAUCACGCCCGUCGACGACGCGGGCUUUUCGCUAGCCACCCCGCAGGCGCUGUUCGACGACGCACGCGCCGCCAAGGCGAACUUUGCCGUCAUCUUUGUCGCCGACGCGCGCGCGCUCGCCGAGGACGGCUUCCCGGUCAUUGCGGUCGACAUCUCGGGCCUGGUCGAGUACGACGAGCAGUUCAACCCCCUCCCCCUGCCUGCUGGCACCAAGGCACGCACGUUCCGCUGCCUCGCCGCCGAGCUGUGGAGCCCGGAGAACAACCUCAACAUUGCCAACAUGGACUGGGAGGACUUUUCGGACGCGCUCGACGGCGGCGUGUUUAGGGGGUUCCCCGAGUGGAGAGGGGAGGAGGGAGGCGAGGGUGGCGAGGAAGGCGUGCCCCAUAUCCCCUUACUCGACGCCUCGCUGACCAGACCCCCGCAGACCGACUUCAUCCCCGGCAACGACGACGAGGUCAUCCUCAAGCUGCCCAACAACCGACAGGUGGCAUACGCGCACAACGGCUACCCCUCAUCCCGCACCGUCAUCCUCUUCUUCCCCGGCAUCUUUGCCGUCGCACGUGCCGACAGCGUUCUCGAGUGCGUCGAGCGCGAGAAGAUCCACUACGUGACCAUCACGCCGCCGGGAUUGGGCCAGUCGUCGGGAACCGCCAAGGGCAAGACGUACCGCGAGAGCCUGAUCGCCGACACGCGUGCGCUCUUCGACUCGCUCUACCCCGAUGGCAAGCUCGAUGCGCUGUACGUCGCCGGCGGCAGCUUUGGCACCGCGCCGGCGCAGAUGAUCUUCGGCGCGGGCUACGACGAGUUCCCCUUCGGCCGGUACACUGCCGGAGCCUGCCUCAUGGCUGGCUUCUCCCCGCUCGCCCAGCACAAGAACUACUCGACGACGCUGACGUGGCAAAACUACUUUGCUGUCGGCCCACCCAGCCGCGUGCCGUUCAACGCGAUGCAGCGGCUCGCCAAGAUGGCGUUUGCUAGCAAGCUGUCCACUCGGGAGGGCACGAUUAAGUUCCUCAACGAGACGCUGUUUGACCACAUGACCGACGAGGAGAAGGCCAUCAUGCACGACUGGCUCAAGCGCAAGGGCAAGACGCAGGAGGAGAUUGUCGGCAGGAUGGCCGACGGCACUCUCGCCUCGGUCGCCGUCUCGUGGGACUGGUUCCUCGAGAUCUCGGACGUCCUCCACUCCGACUGGGGCUUUGUGCCCUCCAAGCUCGACAAACAGCAUGCCAAGCCCGUGCUCGUGGUCGGCUCCGAGACGGACCAGAUCGGCGGCGGCAUGAACGAGUGGCUCAUUGCCAACUACAAGCCGUCGGCGCUGAGGAAUGUUGCCGGCGGACACAUCGGCGGCAUGUUCUUCAUCGACGACAUCUUCAACGAGCUCCUAGAGUUCUCGCGCACCUCGGGGGCUCAGGCGUGA